GCACCUUACUUUCGCUUCUAAUGCAAUUUGUUUUGCCUUCUUUGCAGAGUGCUGCAUUAAAUAAUUGAUCGAAACACUAAAUCAAUAAAGAAAUAGACGUCCCCGGAUUGAGGAUGAGCUUUACAAAUUUUCCGGAUCCAAGCAACUGAGUCAAAACCAGGGACGGAUCCAGGAAAACAAAAAUACAACGAAGGGAAAAUUGACUUGUCAGCCUCAGAAAAAUACAAAACACGCCAUGGAACGUGUUAAGCACGUAAGAAGUCACACAAAAAGAAUGAUUAACAGUAAUGAGAGGCUGCUAUUUGUUGAAGCAUUAGGUAAAGAAAUUAUCAACGGAGAUUUAGAAAACGCGUAUGUGAUGCUCGAUACACUGGAUAAAAUCGGGAACCUCAAAUGGCUACAGAUGUAUCAUAAUCCUAACCAUGAAGGCGAGACUCUCCUCCAUUUGGCGGUAAAAUACCAUGAUGAUGAAUCCUUUGUAAGGAAACUUUCAGAGUUAUGUCCCUCUUUGUUGCUCAUGGCAAGAGAAUCAUCCUUAGAGUUCUGUGGUCAAACAGCACUUCACAUGGCCAUUACCAAAGGAAACAUUGAAGCUAUUAAAGUUAUGCUCGAAGUUGGUCAAUUUAAGGACAUUCAAAUGGCAACUUUGUUGCACACGCGCGCAACCGGAUCUCGAUUCGUGAAUACUGUUAUGAUGGGACAGCUUCCUUUGACGGUAGCUGCUCUGAAGGGAAAUGCCGAUAUUGUUGAUAUCUUACUGCAGUAUGGGGCUGAUAUUCUCAUUCAAAACGAGGAGGGUGAUACAGUGUUUCAUUCACUGAUAAAGUAUUCUGCAACCUAUCCGGAGAAGGUGGUGACAAUGCUGCACAUGCUUCGGUACCUCAAUCAAAAGAUAGAGGAGAGGGAUCGAGACAGAAGUACAUACGAUUAUUCUGGAACAGAAAUGUACCGAGAACCGCAUUCAUUCGUCUGGUUUUUGAAAAAUAACGACAACAUGUCCCCGCUACAACUUGCAGCAAAGCAUGGAGUAACGGAGCUCUUUGAAGAAAUUUUAAACAUCAAGGAUGUAUACUGCUUCAUCAGUGCAAACGAUGGGCUGUUCGAUGUCAAAGAAUAUGACGUCACAGAAAUAGAUACUGUCAGUAUUAUUCGGGCCUCAACCAAUCGCCAUCCUUCUUCAGUUUCGUAUAAAAAGUCAGUUCCACAACACAUUCAUGGAAUAGCAAAAACUGUUGUACAUUCAAAUGAGACACAAUGUGCACCUUUCGCAGGACAAUGCUGCUCUUACCCUGAAACAGAAUCCAUACUGGAAAUGCUUUUUCAAUUUGGCUACGAUAACAAAGACGCAUAUCGCAUUAUUGAACUGGCACCAGUGAAAAAUAUUAUCAAAAUGAAAUGGCAAAGUUACCAGUGGUUUUUCAUUUUAUGGAUGAUUUUUCAUUAUUCCUUCAUGAUCAUGUUAACAGUAUACAGCGUGUAUAAUGUCGAACUGAGCAUUCCUACAGCAAAUACUGGCGGCGGCAAUACAACAACUAAUUCUGAAAGUUUUGUGUAUGGAUUUCGAUGGGUAUCGUUUUCGGUUGGAAUUCUUUACAGUUUUAUUGCAAUCUGUUUGCUAAGCGCCAAGGUCCGGAAAAAUAAUAUUCGUGGUUAUUUACUUCACAAUUUGGAAUAUAUUUUUCCGAUGCUGAUACUAGCGGUAAUGAUGAUAGUGGAUGUCCUCUGGACAAUUACAGCACAGCACGACAACAUACCUUUAAUAAUAGCAUUAGUGUGUGGUUGGUGGCUGAACAUAUUUUUCCUCUCACCGAUAAAGCACUUUAGUUUUUUCACAGAGAUGAUAAAGCGUGUAAUUAUUGGUGAUCUCUUCCGCUUUGGGCUGGUCAUACUUUUCGGACUUUUUUCGUUCACUGCCGGAAUGUACAUGGUCUUUAGAGGAUCGGAAGAGACACAAAGCGAUUUUACCUCUUACGGAAGCACGAUGAUGGCAAUGUUUAAGCUUGGAAUCGGCAUAGAGGACAUAAGUGUUCUCUAUUCAGCGCGUAUUCCUUGGGCUGCAAUAACAAUAUUUGCACUUUUUACCAUAUUUACAUAUCUGCUUAUGUUGAAUGCUUUAAUAGCCAUGAUGUCACAGACUUGCUCGCUCGUUUUAGAGGAACAAUUUCCACAAUGGCGUGUGCAACAGCUAUCAGUUAUUCUAUUUAUUGAGGACAUCAUAUGUCUCUGUUGCUUUCAAAAUAUUCUGUCAUGUGCUGGUACCAAAAAGAGAAUCAGGGGUUCCGAUCCAAUUACAAAACAGAUCAAAUGCGAAGAUCGCUAUUUUCUCGAAAUUCACUCGCUUCAUAUGGAGUACGCAACCACCGAGGAUAAAGUCUGGGCCAAAAAGAAAUCAAACGAGAUGCAGACACUACAUCCUCAACUCAAUUUAAACGAAUCACUGAUGACCACAGACUAUCAAGACCAUCCCGUGAUCACAUCCAUCUCUCCAAUACGCCCUAGUGUAAAGAGAGUGUCCAACAGACAUUUAGAUGUAACCGCCUGUGAGCCAAUCACGUCUCCUGUAGAAAACGCUGGAACAGACAUUUUUAAACCCUCCGUUCGGAGGAAGAAGUCAACAAAAGAAAAGAAGCGUAAACCGUUAGAAAAACUUGAUGAAAUGAACACCGAGGAAGAACAAGAAGAACAUGGACAACAUAUCAGACAAGUGUCACCGAAGUCGCCGGAAGUCCUCUCCGAUAGAAGUCCGACCAGAAAACCUACUCCGAAAUCUCAACGUAAAAGAUACUUGUCUGAAAACGACAAAGAACUCCGAAGCCAAGGGGUUCAGCAUUCGCCUGUCAUAGAAAUAGAUCCCCCCGUUUAUCGUUUAAACCUUGCUAGGGUUCCACUAAAUGGACUGAAAGAACCAAAUCAAGUAGAGUAUGAAAUCAGAAACCUUACGUAGUUUAACCCUGCUUGGCCAAACAAUAUGUCUGUGAUGCCAUUAUUUAAUAAUAUUUUAUAUAGAGAGUAGUCGUGAUCUUUAACUGUGAUAUAAUUUAAUGAACUACUGCAAACAGUUUCUGGAGUUUUUUAAUUCUAUAAACAGAGACGAUAAGGCCAUCGUUAUAAAUUUGUUUGGAUGCCCUCUCCCGACUGAUUGACUAAUAAUAACCCAACUCAACACUUGUUUUUAACAUUCCAGGACAAUAUAUCUUUUUUUCCCUCUUUUCCCCGUCAUCAUAAUAAUAUUCUAUUUUCUGGGGAAAAAAAUAUUUUUCCCACUUACCUACCGAUCCAAUAAUUUUACGCUGAGUCGAGAGAGGGCGAGCAAACAUUCUUUGAAAGAUCACUUCACAGUUUUGUUAAUUAAAGUCUACUUUCCUCUUAAAAUGCAUUUGUUUUUAAUGAAAAGAAAAGUAUUAUUUUUCAUAUUUAUUUAAAUAACCUUGCAUUGCCUCCACCAAUUAUCUAUAGUCAGAAUCGAAACUUGGUUAACUAAAGCUUUUGGUAGGAACGAAUCAUUCCGACAGUAUUUCCAUGACUGUGUUGUUUUUUUUUCUUUAUGAAUUUGGACAAUUUAGAUCAGAUAAGUUUUUUUUUAUUAAUCAAAGAAUAUAUUUCUUUUGACGUUUAAAUUGUAUGCAUUAUACAAACGGAUUUAUAUGUAUUUUGUUAUUUUUAAAUUUUUGUACAUAAUUAUACACUAGUCUUUCUGUGAUUACGAUGGUGACUUAUCAAUCAGUAUUAAUUGUCUUGAAAAACUGAAACCUCUAACAAGCGCCAUCAUUUUAUUUUUUAUGAAUGCGGCAUUUUUUGCUGUCAGUUGACUGUUAUGAGUGUGUACUUUUUAAACAAAAUUUUCAGAAAAUACGAAUUUCAAAAGACUCUCUGACCAAAACGUCACUGUGGAAUCAUCAUUGUGUUUGAGACACUAAUGUUCAUGGGUCACCCUUAUAACCCUAUAAUUUUACAAACCCCUUGAAGACAAAAACAAGAAAGGAUGUUUGGCCACUAAUAUUUACCCCAAUCGAAUAAAAUGAUUCUCAAAUAGCUGAUGGGUAUUUUAUACAUGUUAUUUGCAUUUUAAGAAGUUGUUGAGUUUUUUAAAUAGUGUUACAUGUACCUACUUUUGAAUCUUCAUUACUUAUUUAUACUUAUUUAUAUUGGUGCAAAGGGUAAAAAUACACUUUUUUAUUUCCUCGA